UGGCAGCGGCUCAUGGCGGCUGUGGGGCCCCCGCAGCUGCAGGUGCGGAUGGCCCCCCAGCAGAUCUGCGCGGUGCUCGAGGUGGCGCUCCGGGUGCCCUGCCUCUACAUCAUCGACGCCAUCUUCAACUCCUACUACGAUUCCAGCCAAAGCGGCUUGUGCAUCGUGCUGCAGAUCUUCCUCCGGCUCCUUGGUAUCUUUGUAUCCAGUGUUGUGCUGAUCUUGUCACAGCGAUCGCUUUUCAAGUUUUACAUGUACAGCUCCACGUUUUUAUUGGUUACAUCGGCAGUGCUCGUGAAUUACUAUGCUGCCUUGCACAUUGACUUCUACGAAGGGGCCUACAACGCUUCAGCUUUUGAAAUUGAGCUGCUUCCCCGGAAGGGGCCCUCGCUCUGGAUGGCUAUCAUCCUGCUCCAACUGACCUUUGGCAUUGGAUACAUCACACUACUCCAGAUUCAUUCCAUCCACUCACAGCUAAUUAUUUUGGAUAUCUUGGUCCCUAUAAUAGGCGUAAUCACAGAGCUACCAUUGCAUAUCAGAGAGACUUUAGUUUUUACUUCUUCCCUGAUUCUCAUAUUAAAUACAGUGCUUGUCUUGGCAGUGAAACUGAAGUGGUUUUAUUAUUCCACACGGUAUGUUUUUCUGUUAGUGAGGCACAUGUAUCGAAUUUAUGGAUUACAGUUAUUGAUGGAGGACACGUGGAAGAGGAUUCGUUUCCCAGAUAUACUUCGAGUCUUCUGGCUGACAAGGAUUACAGCUCAGGCUACAGUGUUAAUAUACAUUUUGAGGAUGGCAAAUGAAACGGAGUCCUUCUUUCUUUCUCGGGAUGAUUUCUGGGACCUCAUCUGUAAUCUUAUAAUCAGUGGAUGUGACUCAACGCUCACUGUCCUGGGCAUGAGUGCUGUCAUCUCCUCAGUAGCUCAUUAUUUGGGCCUUGGAAUAUUGGCCUUCAUUGGAUCAACUGAAGAAGACGACAGGCGGCUUGGCUUUGUAGCACCUGUUUUGUUUUUUAUUUUGGCUCUUCAGACUGGUCUGAGUGGGCUACGACCAGAAGAAAGACUUAUUCGCUUAAGCAGAAACAUGUGCCUUUUAUUAACUGCAGUCCUGCAUUUCAUCCAUGGGAUGGCAGACCCCGUGUUAAUGUCUCUGAGUGCCUCUCAUGUGUCAUCUUUUCGUCGACAUUUCCCUGUGCUGUUUGUCUCUGCUUGCCUGUUUGUCCUUCCUGUCUUACUCAGUUACGUUCUUUGGCAUCACUAUGCGCUCAAUACAUGGUUGUUCGCAGUCACAGCCUUCUGUGUGGAACUCUGCUUAAAAGUAAUUGUUUCUCUCACUGUUUAUACGCUAUUCAUGAUUGAUGGCUACUACAAUGUUCUCUGGGAAAAACUUGAUGAUUAUGUCUACUACGUUCGUUCAACUGGCAAUAUUAUUGAAUUUAUUUUUGGAGUAGUAAUGUUUGGAAAUGGAGCUUAUACUAUGAUGUUUGAAUCAGGAAGUAAAAUCCGAGCUUGUAUGAUGUGCCUACACACGUAUUUUAACAUCUACUUACAAGCAAAAAAUGGCUGGAAGACUUUCAUGAAUCGUAGGACUGCUGUUAAGAAAAUUAACUCACUUCCUGAAGUAAAAGGGAGCCGCUUGCAAGAAAUAGAUGAUGUAUGUGCAAUCUGCUACCAUGAAUUUACAACAUCUGCUCGUAUUACACCAUGUAAUCACUAUUUCCAUGCACUUUGCCUUCGGAAAUGGCUGUACAUUCAAGACACUUGUCCCAUGUGCCAUCAGAAAGUAUACAUCGAUGAUGAUAUCAAGGAUAAUUCAAAUGUAUUUAACAACAAUGGAUUUAUUGUACCCAACGAGAAUCAAAAUCCCGAGGAAGCUGUAGGAGAAGCUGCUGCUGAAUCUGACAGGGAACUGAGCGAGGAUGACAGCACAGACUGUGAUGAUGGCGUGGACAGAGAAAGGCAUGGAGUGAAUAACCCCACGGGCACAGCAGCUGAAGACUUCAAUGACGACACUGACUGAUUCAAAUAGCAUUUACUAAUCACUGAGGUAUCUCUUUAAAAUUCAGCUCAGCCAGAAUGGAGUACUAUGCCUCACUUCAGUGUGUAACCAAGCACAAAAGCAGUAUCAAUGUUGAAUCUGUGAAUAGUUUUCCGUUUACUGUGAUGUGCUACUGUAAAUAUACCUCUUUAAUUACUUCUGGUCUCUUUGGUGACCUAUUUAAAUUUGUGUACAUUAUUGUACAUAGAAUAAAAUGUUUUCACAUUUUUAUGACAAAA